CAAAAAGGGAUUUUUUGGGACGAUGUGAGGAGUGAGAAGGCGAGGCCAAGGCCUUGCACCAUGCCGCGACUUUCUACACGCAAGUGCUUUCUGCCUACAGAUGAUGACUCUCACAGACGGCCAUAAAAUGGACGUCAUCUAUUUGAUUAAAUUGACUAACUUUCAGUAAACUCACAUACUCGCAGAACGCCUCUCGAACGCCAAUCGACCGUCUCCGUCACGUCGACGCUCCCGAAUCCUCGCAAUGGCUAUCACCGAGAUGGCGCUCCUCCACCUUUCCGAAGGUACAACCGCUGACGACGCGUCCCUCCGCUCGAAGUUGACCAAAGCGAAGACGGUCAUGCAAACCUACACCGGCCGCACUUUCUAUAUCAUGCAACAAAUCGAAGACCCAUCAUUUCUGUAUGUCAUCGGAGAAUGGGAAUCGCUCGACCAGCACAUGAAUGGCUUCAUACCCUCAGCAGACAACCAAGCUCUUCUCGAAAGCCUGAAAGACGAGCUCGCGGUCGACUGGCUGCUGCACAUCGACGCCCCGCACACCGCGCUCCCACUGCCCAAGACGGACGCGGAGAAGGAGAAAGCACUCAAAGGAGAGCUCAUAUAUAGCAUUGGGAGGCACUUCAUCAAGACUGGGGAGAAGGACAAGUUCCAGGAGACGUUCGACGCCAACAAGAAGUACCCGAUGGAGUACGUGACGGAGGGCUCGAUAGGCUAUGGAUGGCGCGUAGAUAAGGAGGAGCAUAAUGAGGAAUUUGUUCUCUGGGGUCCUUGGAAGAGUGUUGACCAGCACCUUGGGUUCGCGAAGACGGAAGGGUUCGCAAAGUAUGCGAAGAUUCGGGACCACUUGGAUGGUGCGGAUAUCAAGCAUGCGAAGAUUAUGGAUGUCUGAAUGGUCAUGAACGUCUUAAAAGGACAGCAGGUAGGGCUUUCUUGGCCAAUCAACA